AUGAAUCAACCUCAGGAGAACCAACAAGCCCAGGUCAAACAUCUAGAUAUGAUUGCAGCAGAAGAGAUACCCAAGGUUGAGAUGUCCAGGUCUGAGUUGGAGUCCAAAGAAGAAUUCAGGCGGCAGUUGGAGACGAUCAUGAAGGAAGCACUCGCCAGGGAAUACUCAGGAGACAUCUCAACAAUGUCUCUUGUCGGCUUUGGCAGUCUCGCAUCUGGCUUUGGACUUCCCGGCUCAGACAUGGACCUCGCAGUGAUACCAGACUGGAAGGACCCCGCAAGAGCUCAUGAAGUCGAAAUUGAUCGCUCUAUUCCACGACUAUUAGAGCGGGCAGUGCUUGAUGCAAAAUUUGGUGGCAGGCUCCUCACACGAACGCGUGUGCCUAUUUUGAAAAUCUGCCAACAUCCCACCGACAAACUAUUCGCAGCUCUUACUGAGGAACGUGAGAAGUGGGACCAACUCCCUGAAGAGGAGAAGUUUCCCUCAGAUCAGCCACAGGAACCACCUGUGCAGGGUUCGGUGCCUCGAUCCAAGCUAUGGAAGCAGUCUGAUGAUGAAUUGAUGCUUACUGCUCGCAAGCUGUUCGAACCCUCUGAUAGUGAGGAGAUCAUUGUUAUUCGAAAGCAAAUCAAAGAUUCAGACGAUGAGAUAAAAGCCGCAGCCCACUUAGCGAUUUCUUCUGAUCCAAACUGGCAGGUUAACUGGGUAGAGUUGAUAGAAAGAGCUCAGGCCAUACGCGAGGCUCAAACGAAGACGGAGUUCCCCGAGCCUACACCUCCACAAACAGCUGCGAAGACGGAUGAACCUGCCAACGAUAGCCCUGAGGAUAAGGCUAAAAAGGCUCAAAACCAACGCUCCGAUAAAUCUUGGACACGGGAGAAGGUAGUCGGUCCACUGGAUUUCCCCAAGGAUGGUUGCGGUAUCCAGUGCGACAUCAACUUUGCAAAUCCACUCGGCAUUCACAACACUCACAUGCUCCGCUGUUACUCUCUAACCGAUCCUCGCGUACGCCCCAUAGUCCUCUUCGUCAAAUCCUGGGCCAAGCGCCGCAAAGUCAACAGCGCCUAUUCUGGUACCCUCUCCUCGUACGGAUGGGUUCUCAUGGUCUUGCACUAUCUCGUCAACAUCGCCUCACCACCUGUAUGCCCGAACCUCCAAUACGCUGUCCCACUACCCACCGAUGCGGCUGCUCUAGAACAAUACUCCAAAAACACCAAAAUCUCCGGCUACGAAGUCCGCUUCUGGCGCAACGAAGAGGACAUCAUCAAAGCAGCAGCAGAAGGUCGUCUGACGCAGAAUACGCAGUCGAUUGGCGCCCUUCUCCGCGGCUUCUUCCAGUACUUUGCCGCACUGUCUGGCUACGGAUACCCGAGACCACCUCAGUUCCACUGGACAAACGAAGUCCUCUCGCUCCGCACGCCCGGCGGUAUCGUGACGAAGCAGAGUAAAGGCUGGGUCAGCGCAACGACGAAGAUUACUGCUGAGAAGAAGGUCACGAAUCGGUACCUGUUCGCUAUCGAGGAUCCGUUUGAGACUGACCAUAACGUCGCGAGGACGGUGACGCAUCGGGGUAUCGUUGCUAUCCGAGAUGAGUUCCGUAGGGCAUGGAGGAUUCUCAGAGUUAUUGGUACGGAGAGAGAGCCUGAGGGGGGGCUAUUUGAUGAGAUUAUUGAGGAGCCGGCUCCGUCUGAUUUGAAGACCGAGGAGGUGCCAAAAGGUGCUCUGGGUGUUUAG